AUGGAAUAAAUGGAACAUUUAGAUAAAAUACAAAGAAUAGCAUUAUAAUUUAAAAUUUCCUUAAAUUACAAUAGCUCUUUUCCGAAGGUAAUAUUUAUUAAUUUAUUUUUAAGUAAACUCUUGUUUUGCUCUCCUCCUUAUCUUACACAGACAAAAUUUAAAGCAUAAAUACAAUUUGA